AUGAGUGCUUCGAAGAUCCUUUCACAAAAAAUCAAGAUCGCUUUGAUCCAGUUGUCAGGCUCUAGUCCUGACAAAAUGGCUAACCUUCAAAGAGCGGCAACGUUUGUAGAAAGAGCUUUAAAGGAACAACCUGACACGAAACUUGUCGUGUUGCCAGAAUGCUUCAAUUCUCCGUACUCUACCGACCAGUUCAGGAAGUAUUCAGAAGUUAUCAAUCCGAACGAACCUUCGACGUCGGUCAGGUUCCUAUCCAAUCUAGCCAAUAGAUUCCGAAUCAUCUUGGUGGGAGGAACGAUUCCAGAAUUGGAUCCAAAGACAAACAAGAUUUAUAACACAUCUAUAAUUUUCAACGAGGACGGUAAGUUGAUUGAUAAGCACCGGAAAGUCCAUCUUUUCGAUGUGGACAUCCCCAACGGCAUAUCGUUUCAUGAAAGUGAGACUCUGAGUCCAGGGGAGAAACCCACUACCAUUGACACGAGCUACGGUAAGUUCGGUGUGGGUAUAUGUUACGAUAUGAGGUUUCCGGAACUAGCAAUGCUAAGCGCUCGCAAGGGCGCCUUUGCUAUGAUCUAUCCGAGCGCAUUCAACACGGUCACGGGACCACUGCACUGGCACUUAUUGGCCAGAAGCAGGGCCGUCGACAACCAGGUGUAUGUGAUGUUAUGUUCUCCGGCAAGGAACUUGCAGAGCUCUUACCAUGCCUAUGGCCACUCCAUAGUGGUAGACCCUAGAGGUAAGAUCGUAGCUGAAGCCGGCGAAGGCGAAGAGAUUAUCUAUGCCGAGUUGGAUCCUGAAGUCAUCGAGUCAUUCAGACAAGCGGUGCCCUUGACGAAACAAAGAAGAUUUGACGUAUACCCUGAUGUGAAUGCGCAUUAG